UGGAACAAUCGCAGCCGUACAUUCGAUUCUGCGCAAUUCUAGAUGUCCAGAAAACAUAUCUUUUCACUUUUUGGUCUCAACUACCAAUCUCGAAAUCCUAAUUCAGUGCAUUUUCCUGAAUUGAAGUUCAAGGCGAGAGAGAGAGAGGAGGAGGGAGUGGGUCAUGUUUUGUAAGAUUUAAAAAGGUGGUGAAAUUUUGAUAGCAUUGUUACCCUAAUUAAUAUAUAGUGUAAUUUUUCCUCUCUAAUUUCAAUACUUAAAAAGAGUACCUCUAGUUAAAUUGCCUAAAAAAAAGAGGAUACAAAGAGGGAGCGCGCGCAAACAAAGGUUCAAAACGGCCGAGGGAAAUUAAUAAUCCAUAUAGCAAAACAUAGAACAAAGCUGGCUGUUAUCCUGUGGGAACAAUGCUUCUCUGCUGGAUUUUUCCACGGAGACAGAAAUUUCUUAUUCGUAUCGGUUUUUCCAAUUCUCUCACUCUUUCGUGCUUAUAAAUCAAAUGAAAUUCUCAAACUUUAUUAAAGUUCAUUACUCUAUUGGAGAUCCGCAAAAGGCUCUCUUGGAGAAGGAAUUAGUAAUGGGAGAGAUUGAUACAAAAUCAAUUGAAUCAGUCCAAGCCGCGCUUUCUUUGUUUGGAGAGAAAUCAUCUGACCUCAAGAAGAAAUAUAGAUCCACUUCAUGUAUUAAUGAGAUGCAGAAGGAAAAAGAUAUUGGAAGUGUAUUAAAAUACUUGGCAAAUCUGAAAAUUGAACUUGAGGCGAAGGAUUCUGCACACAAGCAAGCACUUCUUAAGCUAGACCAUAAUGAAAAUACAGUUGAUGAACUAUACACCCUUCUAAUGAGCUCGGAACUCGAGAAGGAGAUUUACACGAUAGAAUGUAGAGCGUUAAGGAUUCAUGUACUUGAACUUGAGUCAAGAAUUCAGAAGAUGGAUGACCGAUUUUUGGAGUCUGUAAUGACACGAGGACAGCUCUCACAUGCCAUCGAUGAGUUGAAGGCCACACAAAGAGAACUAGUGGGAGAAAAAGAUGCUAAACUUGAAGCCUUGACACAAGUAGAAGUGAUGGAAAAAUCUUUGAGCAAGGAAAAGUUAAAGACUGAUGAGCUAUUGAGGAAUGUUUCAAAGCUCAAUGAGACCGUUUUGCACUUGAGAAUGACUGCUUCUGAGGCAGAAGAAAGCACUGCUCUUUUGUAUGAGAGAAAGGCCGAGUUGGAAUUAGAAGCAGCAAAUGCAAAGAAAGAAAUAGAAUUUAUGAGACAUCACUUCGAAAUAAUGCAGAAUUUGGAAAAUGAGCUAUUGAACAAGUCUGCACUUAUCGAUUCAAUGAAAGCAGAAUUCCAGGAAGUAAAUGAGCUUUGCUCUUCUUAUGAGAAAGUCACUUCAGAUGCUUCUAGUGAGGUGAAAAAGUUAAACGAGGCUCUCGAAUUACAAGAGAGAAAGAAUUGGGAUCAGUCUGGUUAUAUCAGUUUAUUGGAGUUGGAACUCAGGCAAGUAAAAGGGGAACUCAAUAAAGCCAACGAAGAGGCUGCUCGAGCCAAUGCAGAUGUUGAGACGAUUAAAAAGGAAAUGGUUGAGACUAGAGAAAAGGAAUCAGAAGCACAAGUUGAGAUAGCAUUUCUAAAAUCUGAGCUUCACAAAGGGAGGUCAAAAAUUGUAGCAGCGGAGGUUGCUGAUUCAUUAUCCAAUAGUGAGAAAUCAGCUUUACAUCUUGCAGUUCAGCAGCUUGCCUUAGAGGCUGAAGAGGCCAAAAAGGAAAAUAAGAGACUAAAAGAAGCUAGUAAAUCAUCUGAAGAAAGUCGAAAUGAAGGAUCAGAAGAGGGAAACGGAGAGGCUAAGGCCUAUGUCACAGUACCAAGAGAGGAGUAUGAGCGAGUACUCGAGAAUGAGCAGUUGAUCAAGAACAAGGAGCCAGUUCAUGAAGAACCAAGUGAAAUUCAAGUACUGAAGAAAGAACUGAAAACAGCAACGGUGAAAAUUAGCGAGUUGAGGACGAGAGCUGAGCAGGCGAUAAGCAGAGCUGAGGCAGCUGAGAAGGGUAAAGCUGCACUUGAAAAUCAGAUAAAGAGGUGGAAGGAACAUAAAGAGAGAAAAAGGGCAGCAUUGGCAGCACUUAGAGAAGAGUCCAUUUCCAGAGAAAUUACUGAAUACAAGUCUGAUACUUCUCCUAAAACAUUACAACCUCUUGGUAAGGUUCUCAGGAUGAAUUUCUAGUGACACCAAAUCUAUUGCAAAACUUUUCAAUAGCAAGAAAAGUUUUCUGUAUUAUAAGUUUGCUAGUUUGGACUGGUAGUGCAAUGUGAUUUUAUUGAUCUUGUUACUUUUAUGUCCCAUAUUCUUGUUAAUUGUUCUUGGUUCAAGUUUAGAUGUAGUAUUCAUACAUACUAUCUACAUUAGUAUAUGUUGUGAA